AGACGCUCCUCGGUGCGCUCUCUGGCUCAGCUCCCUCUCCUCCUCAUCAUCUACUUCUUCAUUGCUCAGCGGCACUCCGGCAGCACCGCGCGGGGACUCGUUUACAUCUGUUCAGAGAGUAACAAGUUGAAAAGAUGAACCUGGAUUCGGAUGCUUCUCCUUCUUUUGUGGAAUAUAUCGCAGCUGGACUGAUGCUGACGGAGUGAUGCUGUGCGCGUGAAGCUGCUCCAAACUCCGACACAGAGUCCAGAGGAACCGGAGGAACCGGAGGAGCGCGUGAUCACACCAAAGACAACGAUGUGAUAUAGAAUUUGCUGCACGCGCAUCUUGGAGUGGUGGAAUAAAGUGAGCCCGUUACGCACGGAGCCGCGCGCUUCAUUUCCGCCUCCGCACACGUCUUCUUGAUGAACUGGGACAGAAGAGAGAGAGAACGGUAUUGGACUCCUCCUCGAACAGAAAAUGAGUAGCUGUCUCUUCAGACUGGCACUCCUCCUCGUGGCUUGCGUCCUCUCCAUCCGCUGCACCGCUGCGCCCGGGACCGAGGCGGAGGCGCACGCGGCGACCCGGGACACUUGCGCGUCCUGCGGCGUCGCUGAGCCGGAGGACCCGGAGUCCGGCCGGCUGGACGGGGACUUCCUGGAGGCGGUGAAGAGGCACAUCCUGAGCCGGCUGCAGUUGCGGGAGAGGCCCAACAUCACGCACCCGGUGUCCCGGGCGGCCAUGGUCACGGCGCUGCGGAAGCUCCACGCAGGGAAGCUGCGGGAGGACGGGCGCGUGGAGAUCCCCAACCUGGACGGGCACCCGAUGAGCAGCGAGGCGCUGGAGGAGAGCUCCGAGAUCAUCAGCUUCGCGGAGAAAGACGACAUGGUGACGUCCAAGUCCAGCCUGUUCUUCCUGAUCUCCAGUGAGGGCAACCAGAACCUCUACGUGACGCAGGCCACCCUCUGGCUCUACUUCAAGCUGCUGCCGUCGCCGUCUCCGUCGGAGGCGCGCCCGCGGCGGAAGGUGACGGCGAAGGUGUACUACCAGGAGCCGGGCCUCGGCAGCAAGUGGAACCUGGUGGAGAAGCGGCUGGAGCUGAAGCGCAGCGGCUGGCACACCUUCGUGCUCACCGACGCCGUGCGGCUGGUGUUCCAGAAGGGCGAGCGACGCCAGAACCUGGAUGUGCGCUGCGAGGCCUGCGAGGCCGAGAGCGUCGCGCCGGUCCUGCUCGACCGCGUCGACGAGUCCCACCGGCCGUUCCUGGUGGUGCAGGCGCGGCAGUCCGCGGACAGCAAGCACCGCAUCCGGAAGAGGGGGCUGGAGUGCGACGGCAGCAGCAGCCUCUGCUGCCGGCAGCAGUUCUACAUAGACUUCCGGCUCAUCGGCUGGAACGACUGGAUCAUUGCGCCGUCGGGGUACUUUGGGAACUACUGCGAGGGGAACUGCCCGGCGUACAUGGCGGGCGUCCCCGGCUCGGCGUCGUCCUUCCACACGGCGGUGGUGAACCAGUACCGCAUGCGGGGGAUGAGCCCCGGCUCCAUGAACUCCUGCUGCAUCCCCACCAAGCUCAGCACCAUGUCCAUGCUCUACUUCGACGACGAGUACAACAUCGUGAAGCGGGACGUUCCCAACAUGAUCGUGGAGGAGUGCGGCUGCGCUUGAGCGAGUGUUAUUUUCAAUCCCUGUUUAUUUAAAAGGUGGAACUGAAGAAGAUUCACACUUUUUACAACAACGAAAAGAAUACAGAAACAUAUUUAUGGAAAAAACAAGCGCACCCUCACGUAUGCCUGCACAAAAUACAACUUGUAUAUAUAUUUAUGUUUGCUGAUAUAUUUCGUUAUAUUCUCUGGUGGUUUCAGUGAAGAGUUCUCUUCCAAAUCUUUAAAUAUCCACUUUGGAAAACAAUCAAUCUCUGAAGUUCUUCAUUAAAUAUCUGUAAGAUAGUG